AAAAAUGGUACCUACACAUUCACAACACUGAUGAGGCGGUAUCAAGAGAUGUUGUCGAUCAACGAGUACAAAUCAAUACGAAUGAGGGUUGAAGCGUCAACUGAAUAUGUUUACACAGUGAAUGAUGGACCGAGGCGUUUCAUAAUAGAUUUGAAGAAGAAAACUUGCAGCUGCAGGAUGUUCCAACUGGACGAGAUACCGUGUUCUCAUGCAUGGGCAGUAUUGAAGAAUAAAAAUUUGACUGCUGAUGUAUAUUGUUCGGAUUUAUUCAAGCCGGAAACAGUUGUGAACACAUAUGAUGUGCCAGUUGAUCCUCUUCCCGAUGAGACCGAGUGGAAUGUUCCUAAAAGUAUAUUAGAUGAAGUUGUUAUGCCACCGAUCUAUAAGAGACCCCCUGGGAGGCCAAAAAAGAAGAGGGACAAGCCAUUACAGGAGUUGAUGAUUGGUAAACGCAGAAAUUCCUGCGGUAAAUGUGGACGUCUUGGUCAUAAUAGGCGUUCGUGUGAUAGUCCGCUGCUCAAUAAGAAGAAUAAAUAAGUCCAUUUUGA